CACUGGCCAGAAGGAAGGAAUUUCAAGAAAAGACGCCGAAAUAGAGGGCAAAUUCAACUAUUAUCUCUAUCAAACUUGCUCGAUCUUUAACUUCCUAAACCGUCUUCUUCCCUCGCUUUUCUCUUUCUGUUUAUCUUCCUAUCUCACCAUUUUCUUUUUAAAAUCUCAGUUUUUGAAACUUUAUGGGGAAGAAUUACACAAAUUAAGGAAUUUAUAGGCUUGGACGGUUCCUUGUCAGAAACUAUAAGAGCAAGAUGAUAAGUUGUGAGCAAGAUCCUGAUGUUGUUCGCUGGGGUCUUCAUCAACUUUUAGAUGUCUGUACUCUUUCAAAUGCUGGUUCACAAAGUACGGUUACAGGGUAUGAUAGAGAUUUGAGUCAAGUUGCGUAUGUCAGAGAAGGUUAUUGUCAAACAGAACAGGCGAAUGUGGAGAAUGAUGAGGUUAUUGCAUAUUCCCUUCAAGAAGAACUGUCGCGAGUUGCUGCUGCUGAAGCAUCUGGGUCUGUUAAUUCCUCUCAAGAAUCGAUAGUUGCACAGGAUUGGCUUGGUCCUUCAAGAAGACACUACAGUUCUGGGUCUGAGAAUGAUCAGGAAGCAGCAGAUUUUUCUGGACAAAAUAGAAAAGAGACAUAUGGUUCUAGUAAACAGGUGGAGGCAGAUGAUCAAAGUAGGGAGGUGAAGGUGGAGACUGCUGAUGAUGAGGGCCAGGGGGAGAAUCUGCAGUAUUUAUUAGACAUAACUGACGAGUCUUCUAUUCUUGAUGGUGAAGUGGGCAAGAGAUUGAAUCAGAUGGUCCCUGUUCCUCAUGUUCCCAAAAUUAAUGGUGAAAUACCUUCAUCUGAUGAUGAGAUAUCAGAUCAUCAAAGGCUGCUAGAUAGGUUGCAGUUGUAUGAUCUGGUAGAAAAUAAGGUGCAAGGAGAUGGUAACUGUCAGUUUCGGUCGUUAUCAGAUCAGCUCUAUCGAUCUCCAGCGCACCACAAGUUUGUGAGGGAACAAGUCAUUAAUCAGCUAAAGUCUUACCCAGAAAUUUAUGAGGGUUAUGUUCCAAUGGCUUAUGGGGAGUAUUUGAAGAGAAUGAGCAAGAGUGGUGAAUGGGGUGAUCAUGUCACUUUGCAGGCUGCUGCUGAUUUGUAUGGUGUCAAGAUAUUUGUGAUAACUUCGUUUAAGGACACAUGUUAUAUUGAGAUCCUUCCACAUGUUCCAAAAUCCGCACGAAUUAUCUUUUUGAGUUUUUGGGCAGAGGUUCACUAUAAUUCGAUCUAUCCUGAAGGAGAAGGGCCUGCGUUUGAAGAUAAGAAAAAGAAGAAAUGGUGGAUAUUUUGAAGCUGAAUGGCUGCAUCGCAUGGUGGUCAUAUCGUGGAUUUACUUCUAAGAUCUGCAUGGAUUCGUUCAUGGCUUCUAGCCAUUGGCUUGAUUAUUGGUUUUGGUGUAUAUAGAAUAGAGAAAAUGGAAGCUUGCUGUUACUGCACACCAGUUUUCACUUGUUUUGUACAUAAUAAUUUUCUCUGAUGGUGGUGGGGCGGGGAGCCGAUUCAUUCCAUUUUGCAUACAUCUUUACACAUCUUAGAGUUUGUAGAGUAGGAAAGUUUCUUAAUAUUAUUUCAUUGAUUCAUUCUAGCCUUUUUGUUAUUGUAUAUAGACCUUUAGUCAUUUCUUUUACACUUUUAUAUAACAAUAUUUUUUUU